UUUCCCACAAAAAACAAUACUGGCUUUUUCUUUGCAGUCUACACGUUCACCACGGGCCAGCGCUCAUCAAUAAAAUUAGUAUACAACGGUUACAGUUUUGUGAAGUUCAUGGAAAACUCCCGGGGUACAAAGUGGAUUUGUGCCACCCGCUCAUCAACAAAAUGUCGAGCACGUGUUCGCACUACACAAGACUCACAAUUGGAAGUUUUAUAUGGAGAACAUAACCACAGUUUGAAACAAAUGAAAGCUAAACAUGAAGAUAAGAAUGAAAUUGCUAAAUUGAUAGCUAGUAUUAAGCAAAAUAUUGAAUAA